GAAGUCUCCAAGGAGAUAGGCAAACACGAGGAGGACAAUCUUGUACCCGGAGAAACAAACAAGAAGCAAAGCUGCUGCCCUUGGAACAUCCCUAUCUCCAGCCUUGGUUUCUCACCACUGCAUCCACCCACCCCCCAGCUCGCCUCCAUCUUGCAGGGAUUCAGCGCUAGCUCUUCGAUCGACGCGCGGCUGUUCCUCACGUCGUCCAUCGUCUGAGGAAAUGAUCAACCGGUGCCUCUGCUGCGUCGCCCCCGGCGGCGACUCCGAGCCGGAGGCUGCCCCCAGCCGCCGCCGGAGGUACAUAUACACACCGAUGCACGCGCGUACGAACAAGAACAGGAGCGUGGAGUUCCCGUGGGAGAUGUACACCCUCAAGGAGCUCCUCCAGGCGACCAACAACUUCAACGAGAGCAAUAAGCUCGGCGAGGGCGGCUUCGGCACCGUCUACUGGGGCCGCACCUCCAAGGGCGUCGAGAUUGCGGUGAAGCGGCUGAAGGCGAUGACGGCCAAGGCGGAGAUGGAGUUCGCCAUUGAGGUGGAGAUCCUGGGCCGUGUCCGGCACAAGAACCUGCUCAGCCUCCGCGGCUUCUACGCCGGCGGCGACGAGCGGCUCAUCGUCUACGACUACAUGCCCAACCACAGCCUCCUCACUCACCUCCACCCGCACCGCGGCACCCCGGCCUCCCAGCAGCACCCGCCGCUCGACUGGCCACGCCGCCUCGCCAUCGCGCUCGGCGCCGCCCAGGGCCUCGCGUACCUGCACCACGAGGCCAGCCCGCACAUCAUCCACCGCGACAUCAAGGCCAGCAACGUGCUCCUGGACGCGGACCUCGUGCCCAAGGUGGCCGACUUCGGCUUCGCCAAGCUCAUCCCGGAGGGCGUCUCCCACCUCACCACGCGGGUCAAGGGCACGCUCGGGUACCUGGCGCCGGAGUACGCCAUGUGGGGGAAGGUCUCCGAGAGCUGCGACGUCUACAGCUUCGGCGUGCUGCUGCUGGAGCUCGUCAGCGCGCGCCGCCCGCUGGAGAAGCUGCCGGGCGGCGUCAAGCGCGAGAUCGUGCAGUGGGCGGGGCCGCUCGUGGAGCGCCGCAAGUGGGACCGCCUCGCCGACCCCAGGCUCACCGGGCGGUUCGACGCCGUGCAGCUCCGGGCAGUGGUCGAGACGGCCAUGCUGUGCUCGCAGAGCAGCGCGGAGGGCAGGCCGACCAUGGCCGAGGUCGUCGAGAUGCUCAGGUUCGGCGGCGAGCGGCGGAACAGGGAGAUCGUGCCGGUGGCGGACGCCGCCAGCCAGGACACCACCGUGACCAUGGACCGUGAGGACGACGUUACCGGCAGCAGCGAGCCGCUGGACAGGGGCCGCAGCUGGAAGCUGACGACGCUGAGGUGA